GCGGCUGCUGAAAGCGACAGACCUUCUCUCUUCCCCCCCCCCCUGGUCCCUCGCCUCCCACCAUCUCGCGGAUAGUGUGCGCACAAAUAUCUCAAGUUCAGCCCAGAGACGCGUAACUCGCGCAGCAAGCGGAGGACUGUCAACGGGUAGACACAGAGAGGAAGAGGGGGAAACAAGGAGAGAGGACGGAGCACAGUUUAGACUCUCUUGAACGCAUUCGAUUGCAGGUGGCAGAGUUUUGCCGUCUCUUGUAGUUGGAAAAAAAAUCGUCUCGGACGUGGACUUUUUUUUAUUUUUAUUUUGCUCGUUUGAAACUGUCGGAGGUCUCUUUAAAGUUUUGCAAGACAAAAAGUGCGUUGAAGUCUGUGACAGAUUACCUCGGUUUAAACGUCCCGUUUGGAUACAUGGAGCGUUAGAGCGCACCGGUUGAAAAGCCCGAAACGUUUGGGGAAACUGAUUUGAGACGCCAGAGAGUUGUUUUUUUUUGUUGUUGCUGUUGCUGUUUCUUGCAAGAGAGGAUUAAAAGAAAGCACAGUCUUAACUGGAAGUAUCCUUCGGGGAUUUCUUUUAUUGCCAACUCCAAAAGGAUUUAUAGCUUUCUUCCCAACCCUCAUCUGAACGCUGUCUCUUAGGUCAAUCCGAGGUGGAGAGCGCAGUUUGGCUCACGAUGAAACUGUCGAUGGCACCGACGCGAUAGUGAUCGGGAAAGUUGGAACGGGACAGAAACAGGAGAAAAGAAAGAAGAUAAAAAGAAUUGACAACAGAUUGCCUGUUUGUCCAUUUUGUGAACAUUCCCAAUUGGCUUUCACCCGACAGGAAGGUAUGGAGACUGUCGGGAGAGGGACAGGCGCAGUGGGAUGUUGCCUCUGGAAGACCGUUUUAAUUAUCGUCCUGUGGAAAGUGUGUGACUGCCCGUCAGGAGCAGCAGGGGGUGGACCAGGUGCAGGGCCAGACUUCUCCCAGCCACGUUUCUCCUCCUCCCUCCCGACCUAUCUCCCAGUCCAAUGCCAGCUAAGUGGCGCUGACUCCGCCUUCUUUCUGCGGGAAGCUAAUCAGGAGGUCAUGCGAAAUGGCAGCCUGUCAUCGCGAACUGAGCCCUUCUUUCUUCACCAGCUGGAGCCAGGCGUUGCUGCUCCACAGUCCCUGCCGAGUGUCAGUUGCGGCUAUGGAAAUUUGAGCAUUGAGCAGCCGAUCCCAAUAGAGCUUCUUCAAGGCCCUCAGCCACAUCUGCUGACCUCAGCCAGUCAGGUGACAAUGAACUGGAGAGUCAAAGGUCAGGUGGUGGUUCCUAGAGUGGGGUCAACGAGACCAUGGAUUCAGGUGCUGUUUUAUCUGAUUGGGCGGCGCUGGGAUGAGCCUGACCCACUUCCUACAUCUAUUCUCCCAUGUGUCCGCGCCUUGGCCGUUCGUGACACCAGUGAGGCAGCGCCUUCAGCAGGCUGCCGUCUCAUGGGACCAUCUGGCAUCUGUGUGCUCCGUCUGGAGAUUCCACCAGCUUGGUUUACACCAUCACAAGUGAGAAAAAGACCUCCUGAAAUGUCUCUACAAUCAGUGGAUGUGUACUACUCAAUCAUACCAGUGGAAGGGGCUGGCCAAGAGUGUCCCUCCAUUGUGAAUGAGCCAUGGAAAGCUCAGAGUUCAAAUGUUGGACCUCUUGGAGGCCUGGGUAUUGGUCUUGGAGGACAGUGGAAUACCUUGGAGGAUGGAGGUCUUCAGGAUAUGUUGAAAGCUGGUACUGUAGAGAUGAGCACAGGGCCAGUUUCUCCUAAGGGAGAAAGAUUACCUUUAGAUGAAAACCUGGAGGUCCUUGUCCCACCAAGUCCAGUCCGGCUUGGGAAAACAGUGGCAUUUGGCAUCUACAUGAAUGCAGAAUCUAACCUGGAACAGUUCACAUUGAGGGUGUGGUUCCAGUCAGGCAUCAACUUUCUUGCAGUGAAACCUAGCAACCUCGUCGCGUGGGAGAUCAAACAGGAAAUGGCACCGGGAAGCAGUUCGUUGGCAGUGAUUUGUCAGAGAAAGGCCUCCUCCACGGCUGGAAGAUUGGAGAGUCCCUCAUAUGAGGUGAUGCAGCUGGACUUUGAGGUUGAUAACGUGAUUACUCUGGCAACAACCCAGACUCUGCACUGGACUGUGGAUUAUCCUGCUAACAUCCAGACUGCUGUGAAGCGAACAGAAAAAGUUUCCCACCUCUACAUUAGCAAAGCUGACAUCCAGGGCAUUGUGCCACUGGCAGAGGACACAGAGGUCAUCAACACAGCCAUUCUUACGGGUAGACGUGUAACAGUGCCCAUAAAAGUGGUUACAGUAGAAACAGAUGGACAGGUGAGGGAGGUGGAUGACUCAGUCACCUGCAGCUCGACAGAUGAAGAUGUGAUUAAGGUUUCCUCAGAGUGUGACCAGGUUUUGGUGAAUGGCAAGGAAAAGCAAGGUAGACAGUCCUUGGCUGUCAACUUCACCUACCUCCACCUGUCUGCUCAACUGCUGCUCACUGUCUGGGUUCCCAAGCUACCCCUGCAGAUAGAUCUGUCAGAUACUGAGCUGAGCCAGGUCAAAGGGUGGAGGGUGCCGGUCACCACCAACAAGAGACCCACCAGAGACAGUGAGGAUGAUGAAGAUGAGGAUAAAAGGGGUAAAGGGUGCACCCUACAGUACCAGUAUGCUUUAGUGCGAGUCCUCACUCAUUUUGUUGCUGAACCUUCCGACCCUGGAGAGGACAUGGUCUACAUGUUGGGUACUGACUGGCAAGCUGAUAUUACUCCUUUGGUCCUGGACCAGUUGAAGGUGAAUGAUCCUCACAUUGCCAGGCUUGCUGAUGAGCAUAUUUUGAUGGGACGUGACCCAGGUUUCACUAUUGUACAAGUAGAUGAUCCUCACAUUACCAGGCUUGUAGAUGGACAUAUUGUAAUGGGACAGAGCCCAGGUGUCACCUCUAUACAAGAAGCUAUAGUCAGUGCGUGGAUUCAUUACAGUGAUGGCCGGGUGACUCCUCUUCACAUCUAUGACCCCAAGGACUUCCUUCUCUCUGCUGUCUCACUGGAUGAGAGCGUGAUCUCUGUAACAAAUCAGGAGCAGCACUGGCCAGUUAUCGUCGCUGAGGGCGAUGGACAGGGCACACUGUUUCGUGUGGAGAUGGUCAUUUCUGAGACUUGCCAGAAGUCCAAGAGGAAGAGUGUGCUGGCAUCUGGAGUUGGUAAUGUGGUAGUUAAGUUUGGAGCUAAUAGUGACACAAGAGGUGGACUGGAGGAUGGUGGAGGGUUGGAAAACAGCACCAGUGAACAAAGGACAAAUAAUGGAGGGGAAUGGAAUUCCAAAAGUGUGGCUGUGGACCGAGAGGAAGGAGCCUUGAGAAAGGUUAGCACAACAGCUAAAAGCACAGUUACCCACCGUGCUUCAGGUGGAAGAGCCGCCAGUGGUGGCAACAGCGGGCAGGGAGGUUCAAGCCAAGGAGGGGACAAUAAUAAGAACCCUGUACAAGUGGAGGUUCCAGGAACUGGGAAUGGUGAGCUGACACAGUCCACCAGAGGCCUGUCAGACCUGGAGAUUGGGAUGUAUGCUCUUCUGGGAGUAUUCUGUCUGGCAAUAUUGGUCUUCCUCAUCAACUGUGUCAGCUUUGCAUUCAGGUACCGUCACAAGCAGGUGCCUGUACUGGAAGCAGGCGGUAACAUGAACCAUGCUCAUGACUGGGUGUGGCUUGGCACUGAGGCUGAUCUGUUAGCUGACCAUGCUGACCAAUGCCAGGGCCUACCUGAUGAAUGCACUACCAUCAUUGACAGAAAUGAAGGAGGAUAUGAGGAAAGCAAGUACCUUCUGAAUGGUGCUGGAAACACUUUGGUAAUGGGCGUUGGCACUGGCAUGGGCAUGGGCACAAUAAGUGGAGGUGGUGGCACAGGUGGACAUCGGGGAGUGACACAUGGACAGACCUUGCCACGGUCUGUCCCAGAACCUCAUCAGUGCCUUUCUGCAAUCACUACUGGUGGCAAAGACACAACUGGGCAAACAGAGCAUCUGAAUAAUUCUCCCCGAUCCGCGGCUGCAGCUGCAGUUGCCGCUGCCAAGCGCAAACGAGUCAAAUUCACAUCCUUUGCCACAGUUUUGCCCAAUGAUAAUUUAGGUGGUGGUGGCCCAUAUGUUAACUCCUCAGUUCUUGUGACCAAUGGGAAUGAGGAUGACAUCAAGUGGGUGUGCCAGGAUAUGGACCUGGGUCAGUCUGAAAUCAGAACCUACAUGGAGAGGCUACAAGACAAUCUGUAACUGGCUGGGAAAGACACUGAGCAAUAGAGAGGCAGAGGAUUGUGCUGGAGAAAAAAUGGACAAUGAGUACAAUUCACCUGUGAUGCCUUUGAAGUGGAUUUAUUAAGGGUCAAGUGAAGGUAAUAAUGUGAGAGAAGUAAACAGGAAAAGUGUGAUAACUUCAAGGUUUUGGAAACACAGCUUUGGGUUUGCUUAUCUUUGGCUUCCCGAAAGCAAUGCAACGUAUAAAGUCAUCACUAGCUCACACUAAGAGUAACAGUAGCAAACAAUAAGUAACAUUCAGUUUGUUUUGUGUUACUUAUUGUGAAAACCAUAGUGUAAAAAUCAAUAAUGUCACUAUUGGGUUAUGGGUGUCUACUUUCAGAAAACCAGUAAACCACUGUAUUCAUACGUUAUCGAUUCAGGGUAUGUUAAUGGACAAACUUUUGUAAGCCACUACACAUUUGAACAAAGAUGUUGAGAAACUUUGCUCUUGUAAUGACGUCAAGUCUGUUUUUUACUUAUUAUUUAUUGCCAUUGCUGGCUAUGGCUGUUGAGUAAAUAUUCUGUUUGAAAAUAUAAGCAAUUUGUCUCCCAGGACUUCUGACAGGUUAAUAAUUUACUGAAAUCUCAAAACAACAGAUAAUGUAUCCUUUCCCCAGUUACCUUUUGGUAUGACUCAUGAGUAGAAUGUGAGUUAUAAAAUAUAUAAAUAUGUUUUAAGUAUUCCACAGUAAAUUUGAUACUUUUGCAGUCAGCAGAUGGGAUAAGUCAGAUCUUUAUUCAAGCAAUCACACUCUUUUCACAAAUAACAACUCUGAGAGUUUAAAAAGGACACGUCACAAGAAAGACUGCAUCAUCCUUGGAUCCAGGACAUAGGAUUUUACUGUUGCACAAUUAAAAAUAAGAAAGGACAAGGGCCAUUUUUCUACUGGCCUAGUUUCGAGAACCCUGCAGGCAAUGACUUCUCUCUCCGCAUCAGAAACAAUGGCGGCAUCCCCUUCCCUCUCUCCUGAUCUGUGAUUAAACAGUUGUGUGAACCAAACAGUGGAAUAUGGUCUGAUACAUUCAGCAAACCAAACGGGGGACAAAUUGCAAAGAAAAUGGCUUGGACUUUGGAAAACCUGGCUAAAAACCUAAUGAGAACUCACAAUGAAGACGUCAAGCUAGGCAGAAAGGAGUUUGUGCAGUACACGGAGUUACCAGGAAGUAUUCAAUGACAAUACAGUAUGACUGAAAAGGAGUGACUAAUAAUAGCAAUGGCUUGAAAUAUAUAUAGAAAAAUUCCUUUCCAUGUUAUCAUAAAACAUUUUUUGCUUCUGUUUUUAUUUUUUGAUAAAUAUGUUUUAUCAUGUUUUCUUUAUUUGUUUUUCAAUGUUCAGAAAGAUUCUAAAUUGUAGCUUUUAAUUUUAGAGAUUUAUUGAGAUUUUGAGAGUAUAUUAUUAUUAUUUCCUUUUAGACACUUUCUAUUUAUUAAAAAUUGACAUUUGAGAGGGUGAGGAAAGAAAGGAAUACCAAGGACUAGGGCUAAUUAAUGGAUAGUAUGCUGGUGAACGAUAGCACAUAAAAGAAUAAGUUACAGAGAUAGGAAGACGGAGCAGGCCGAGGUUGCCUCACCUUCGUUAAGCUCAGGUGACCUGUCAUGAAGAAUCCGACAACAAAAAGGAAAACUGUAAGAUUGUUCAGAUUGCAAUAUUUAUUUAUAAAUGUGUUAUUGUUUAUGAGUACACUGUAUGUUGUAAAUAAAUAAACAUGCUUCAAAGUG